AUGGGAUUCGUUGUUGGAUCUUAUUACGAAAUAAACUUCUCUUGGGAAGGGAUUAUUUAUGGUGUUGCAUCUAGUGCUUUUGUAGCCUUAUAUGGAAUUUAUGUCAAAAAGACACUUGGUGUAGUUGAAAAUAACCAAUG